AGUGUAAUCAAGCAAUCCGAGAGUAAACGGAGAGGUGGCUAAGAAAAAAAAGAUGGCGACGGGCGAAUCCGCUGAUAAACAAAAUAAACGAUGAUCCCUCUUCGGGGAGCACCGGCCCAGUGUGAGUCGACCGCGCGCGCCCCGUGAACCACUCGUCCGGACAUGUGAGUGUGCGGGAGUGAAACGAAAUUAAAGUUAUCGAAAUUAACGAGAAACAAAAAGUCGAGAACUACGACGAAGACGACGACGACGACGACCAGGUGGUCGAGACAGUGUUUUUGUUUUUUUUUGUGACGUUCCCGAAAUGUACCUAGUUUUGGGGCCCACUUAACCAUCUAGAAAGUGCGGGCCGAUAACGCGUUUAUUUUUCCGUUUAUCAUUUCACAACCCUUUUUUGAUUUUUCGGAAAUAGAACAACCAGAAUAAUAGAUGACGGAUGCCUCCGUUGGUACGCACCUACCAUUCUUCGAGGUCCAUGGAAUCCCUUCGAAAUGGAGAAACGACGGUCGCGACGGUGCACGGUGGUGUCGAUAGUGUCGGCAGCAAUCCGUUCGUGCCCGUCCUGUGGACCGCCCUGUACGAUUACGAUGCACAAGGCGAGGACGAGCUGUCCCUCAGGAAGGGCCAGAUCGUCGAAGUCCUUUCCGAGGACGCCAAGAUCUCCGGCGACGAGGGCUGGUGGACGGGUAAAAUCGGGGACAAGGUGGGCAUAUUCCCUGCAAACUUUGUCAUCUACGAUGACCCGAUGAACCAGUUUGGCGCCUACAUCGAAGACAUCACCCCCAACGAAAUCGACUUCAGUGAGCUGGAGCUCGAGGAGGUGAUAGGCGUCGGGGGCUUCGGCAAAGUGUAUAGGGGCGUUUGGGACGGCCACGAAGUCGCCGUUAAAGCCGCACGCCAGGACCCGGAUACGGACCUCUCAGUCACCCUUGACAACGUUAUCAAAGAAGCUAAACUUUUCUGUUUGUUGCAACACAGGAAUAUUGUGCAACUUGAAGGUGUGUGUUUACGGGAACCGAAUAUGUGUCUUGUGUUGGAAUAUUGUCGGGGUGGUUCUUUGAAUCGGGUGUUAACUGGCAGAAAAAUACGACCGGACGUGUUAGUUGACUGGGCGAUUCAAAUUACAAGGGGUAUGGACUAUUUACACUGUAGAGCACCUAUUUCACUCAUACAUAGGGAUUUAAAAAGUUCAAAUGUUCUCCUAUUGGAGGCGAUCGAAAACGACGAUUUACAAUUCAAAACACUGAAAAUAACGGAUUUUGGUUUGGCUCGUGAAGUUUACAAAACGACGAGGAUGUCUCAAGCUGGAACGUACGCUUGGAUGGCGCCCGAAGUAAUCAAAAACUCAACAUUUUCAAAAGCUUCGGACGUUUGGAGUUUUGGAGUAUUACUUUGGGAGUUAUUAACCGGAGAAACGCCGUACAAAGGAAUUGAUACUUUAGCUGUAGCUUAUGGAGUCGCCGUUAAUAAAUUAACUCUACCCAUUCCCAGCACGUGUCCAGAACCGUGGAGAGAUCUUAUGGAAGCUUGUUGGGAAUCAGAUCCACACCAUAGACCAUCAUUUGAAGAAAUUCUCCACGCUUUAGAAGGAAUAGUAAAUUCGGCAUUUACUCAAACACCUCACGAAAGUUUUCAUACGAUGCAAGACGAUUGGCGGCAAGAAAUCGAAGCGGUCCUCCUUGAUUUGCGUAAUAAAGAAAAGGCAUGUAAAACGUACGAGGAGGAAUUACGAUGUCGAGAGGAGGAUCUUUAUAAAGCCCAAAUACAGCAUAAAAUGCACGAAGAGAAGUUGAGGAAACGAGAACAAGAGUUACAAGCGAGAGAAUAUGAAUUGUUGGAGAGAGAGUUGGAUUUUAUGAUUAAACAGCAAGCACCUACACCCAAAAAAAGAAAAGGUAAAUUUAAACUUAAAGAGAAAUUGAAGAAAGAACCUGGAUCGAUUAUUAGUUCACCGUGCGAUUUUCAACAUAAAAUCACCGUUCUUCCUUUGAAUCAACAGAUAGCAUCUCCUAAUAGUCCACCUGGUUCACCUGCGAUACCUCGUUUACAAGCAAUAGUUCUGCCGCCGGAUGGCGUAAAAGGGAAAACUUGGGGUCCUAGCACGUGCCACCAGCGGGAACGCGGCCAAAUACCAAUGUUGCGUUCGAAUCCGAGGGCUGGGAUCAGCUCGGUGAGCGCCCCAAACCUGAUCAGGCCUCGUUUAGCGAUCACCAGGCCAGCCCACGACAUAGGCGUCUCUAAGGAAAAGUUACCUGUUAUGUAUUUUGUACCGCCAGAAGAUUGGGCCCCGGAAUAUCCCAUCCCUGGAACUGGAAUUAGACAUAAUGUGCCUAUACCGACUUUGUACAAUAUAGACGGAUUAAAAACUAAACCAAAAUUGGGAAUCAUCGAAUUGGUUUUAUAUAACUUAGCGGCGAUGUUAGCUGGAGUUGCUUCUGGUUAUGAUGUUCGGUUAUCAAACGUUUCACCCGUUCAUCCAAAAUUGCAACCUCACAGAUCUGAACCAAGCGGUUAUGAAGUUCAACCAUGGCGUACAGAACCGGAGUUUGAUUAUUCAACAUCCACAUUUAGCCACAACACCUAUCACGGGCCAAUUCGUCACUAUCGCCCAUUACUUUCCAAUUCGCAAUUAAUGCCUUCACAACAACAGCAGCAGCAACAACAACAACAACACGAUAGCGGCCAAUUUACUGAUUCCCCUCAACACCUACCUUUAAUAACACCAAAUCCCUCACCUAGAAGAAAAUCUAGUUCGACUAGUAACGAUGGAAGCGAACUUUACACUCCUUACGAUCGAGCGGCAACAAUUUACAUCCCUGGUGAUUAUAAUUGCCAAAUGAACGAAUCUGCAACUCCCCAACACAUUUUAGGCUGUUGUAUACGACCGGAAAAUAACUACAGGGCUGAAACGAAUUUAGGAUUUAAUUUUCAUCCAGGUGAUUGUAUUCAUAGUUCGGAAUAUAGUAGUGGAACUACGACUUUAUACGGUUAUAGCACUGAUUAUGCUUAUGAUAAUCCAACUAGUAGUUCAAUAAGCGUUAGUAGUCAAAGCGGAUCGAGAACGCCCCAAAGAUUAUUAAGCGGACAUCGAAGAACGCCAUCAAACGUCUCUUCGAAUUCCGGGAGUAUUAUUAAUCCGUUUCGAAUGGAAGAUGAUAACAGUUCUUAUACUCCUCCGAGUCAUUUUGUUAGAAGAUAUCCCCCCACGAUUGAAACGACGGCGACAUCAAACGAGUACAAUUCGAUUUAUUCAAGGCAAAAUUCGCACGAAUCGAUGACGACGAAUAAUUUUGAACGACCGACGACGUUGGAAACGGGUGGUUAUACGAAGUUACGGUCGAGUUUGAAAAAAAAUAACUUUACUUCGAAUAAUCAACAAGGGCAUUCGGGUGGGAACACACCAACUAAUCCAACGCCUCCGGAUAGUUUAACGAGCGAUGAUAGUUCUUACGUUUCGGCUAAGGAUAGUAAUUGUUCGGUGAGUAGGGUGAGGUUUUCGCCGAUUUUAAUGGAUCUUAAUGUGCACGAAAAUUCUUCGAUGGCUUUACCCGGUAGAAGAACAAGACAACGACCGUCUUUAGCUGAUAUUGAAAAAGAAUUUGCUUCGUAAGUUAUAAUUAUGAUUAAUUUCGGCGGGUUAAAAAAA